AUGAAUAAAUUUAUAUCACAUAAACUUUUUUCCAAUGUUAUUGAGCAAGUCGUUGACGAAUUUGUAUCAUUUAACGGAAAAAUUGAAUUAGAUGGAAAGGAAUUAAGGAAUAAAUACAAAAAAGAAGGAGAUGUGGUUGCUAGUAAUUGCAUGAAAUUAUUAGGUAAUUCCUUAUACGGUAAAUCUAUUCAGAAGGAUAUAAAUACAUCGAGACAUCUAUGGAGUGAAGCGACUUUUAAAGCCAACUUCGAUUCACACGUCAAAAGCUAUGAAAAAGUAAAUGAUAGUCAAUAUAUAGUUGACAUGAAUGAAGAAGAAAAAGAGUUUGUUCCUCCAAAGGAUUUUACUACACCCACUCAUUUAGGUGCAUUUAUAUUAUCUCACAGUAAAAAAAUAAUGAACAAUUUCAUUCACGUCAUAGAUGGAUUUUAUAAGCCUGAAAUAUACUAUACAGAUACCGAUAGUUUAUACAUUUCGUCUAGUAAUUGGGAUAAAUUAAAUGAAGCUGGGUUGGUGUCUGAAAACGAAUAUAGCAAAGGGAAGAAUGAUUACGGUGAUGGUGGAGUCAUAUUUGGUUUAUAUUGA